AUGAGCGGCAACAUCGACACCAUGGCCUGUGGCCUGUGGGGGCCCGGCGCUCCACCGCAAAACCUUGUAGGACUGGUGAUCGCUAUGGUUAACCUACUGGUACACUUGCCCUUUACCGACCUACCUGUGCUCCGGGACUACGAGCUUGGUGAGCUGCGGCAGAAGUACGACUACGUCAUUGUCGGUGGUGGCUCUGCUGGCUGCGUGAUUGCCAACCGCUUGUCUGCGGAUCCGGGCAUCACUGUGCUUCUGCUGGAAGCGGGUGGACUGGAAGACGCCUCGCGUCAGAUCCCUCUGACUGCAACCUACAACCUCGCCGGCCAUGACGAUUGGGGCUACCGGACUGUGCCACAGAGAAACGCAUGCCUUUCUUUCCAUGAACAGGUGAGCCUACUGUCCGCGGUGUUGAUCGAAGCGCUUUGUUCCGUGGUCUGUGUACUCCUGACACCAUCAGUGCAGUUAGAGGAACGCCGUAGGUCUUCCUUUUUCUUUUUUUUUUUGACACCUCAAGUUGGAUGUCUAAGCUUCCGCACUUUUUCCCUGUCACAGCGAUGCCCUAUGUCACGAGGCAAGGUUCUAGGUGGCACCAGCGUGUUGAAUUUUAUGAUGUACGUACGAGGAAACCGCCACGAUUACGACAAGUGGGCUGGAACAUACGGAGCAGCGGGAUGGUCAUAUGAGGAUGUGCUACCGCAUUUCAAGGACAUCGAGGACUUUCGUGCGGGCCCCGUUGACGGUGAGCAUUGUGAACCCUACUGCACAGCGGGCUUCCAUGGGACUGACGGCGAGGUACCAGUGGCGCAUCCAAAUGGCAGCACACAUUUGACCAAGCUCUUCUUAGAUGCGUGCAAGGAGUCCGGCUACUCCCUUGUCGACUACAAUGGUGCAACACAGUCAGGUUGCUCUCGUUUGCAGGUUAACAUGGCGAAUGGCGAGCGGUUUAGCUCCAGCAAGGCGUUCAUCCAGCCAGUGCUGAGAACGCGAAGAAACCUCGAUGUGGCGCUAUUGAGCCAAGUCACAAAGGUGGUCCUCGCGGAGGUCAAAGAAAUUAUCAGAGCCGGCUUCGUCGACUUUCAAACAACGAUAAAUUUCGAAGGCAACCAUGCAGUGGGCGCGACGUUCACAAGGUACGGCAAGCCGCAGAACGUGUCUGCCAGACGAGAGGUGAUCCUUUCUGCUGGUACCAUAGGAUCUGCCCAGCUGCUGCUGCUGUCCGGUGUGGGACCAAGAGAGGAUCUGGAACGGCUACAGAUCCCCGUGGUGGCCGAUCUUCCUGUAGGGCGCAGCAUACAAGACCACUCGUUCCUAUAUAUAGCAGUGCCUGUCAUAACCGACUGGCAAGCGGGGAUCUCGCCCUUCAGCUUAGAAGAUAUUGCGCAAUUUGAGAGCAACAGAAGCGGGAUAGUCACCAUACCGUCGGCUAUCGAAGCGGUCCAGUUUUUCGGUACCCAGUACGCAGUGGGUCCGGAUUCUACUGACAUCGAGCUGGGCAUCCUUUCGUCUCAACCAGCUAGCCAACUUGCAAGAGCCGAGGUACUCAAAAUCGGCAUGUUGCCAGAGAUGCAGGCUUACGACAGCUAUUUGGGACCGAAGGACAACGUGCCUGGCUUCAGGGCAGCAGUCAUCCACAACCGACCGAAGUCACGUGGUCGCAUCACGCUGCAUUCCUCUGACCCCACUGACUAUCCGGAAAUCGACCUUCACAUGCUGGAACACCCAGAUGACGCCAAAGCGGCCGCUGAAGGCACCAAGAAUUUCAUCGAUCGCAUACUGACCACGAAGGCCAUGAAGAGCAUAGGUGCCAAACCCUGGGAUGUGACCUUCCCGCCUUGCGCUGACGCGGGACCGCGGUGGAGCCUGGAGUACAUCGAAUGCCUGUUUCACCACCUGGCGAACCCCGGAAUGCACAUCUGUUGCUCAGUGCCCAUGGGUUCACAUGACUCGGCUGUCGUGGACGAACGCCUUAGGGUACGAGGCAACGUGACCGGUCUGCGAGUGGCUGACGUCUCCGUGAUGCCCGAAAUCCUAACCGGCAAUACUAACGCAGCCGCCAUGAUGAUUGGCAGCAAAGCGGCUGCUAUGAUAGCGGAGGACAACGUUAAUGAAUGAAGACUCUGUUUAAUAGAAGAGAAGCUAAAGGGGAUGCUCAACUUCCUGAGUUGGGCUCCUACGAGGCCAGAGACAAGAUUUGUGGUCGUCUGUACACUCCCAUAAAGAUUUUAACAA